ACCUACUACAACAACUCCACCUACCACAACAACGCCCCCUACGACAACUCCCCCUACCACAACACCACCUACCACAACAACUCUCCCUACAACUCCACCUACCACAAUGCCCACUACGACAACUCCCCCUACCACAACAACCACAACUCCCCCUACCACAACUCUUCCUACCACAACAACUCUCCCUGAAACAACCACAACCACGCCCCCUACCACAACAACUCCACCUAUCACAACAACUCUCCCUACCACAAUUCCAACUACCACAACAACUCUCACUACAACUCCACCUACCACAACGCCCCCUACAACAACUCCAACUACCACAAUGCCCCCUACGACAACUCCACCUACCACAACGCCCACUACAACAACUCCCCCUACCACAACAACUCUCCCUGAAACAACUGCACCUACAACACUCCCUACAACAACAACACCUACCACAACCACGCCCCCUACAACGACUCCACCUACCACAACAACUCCACCUACAACUCCACCGACCACAACUCCCCCGACAACAACACCACCUACCACAACAACUCCCCCUACAACAACUCCAGCUACUACAACAACUCCACCUACCACAACAACGCCCCCUACGACAACUCCCCCUACCACAACAACUCUCCCUGA